AUAAGCUUAAGUUGUACACGAACUCAUCGUUGACAGAGCUCAAACCAUUUCCCUUCCAUUUUUAUUUAUUUCGUUACUCUCCUCUCCUGCUUCGUUUCUGGAAUUUUCUUCCCUCAAUUCUGGAUUGAGUUGAGUCUCGGCCAUGGACGACUCUGGUGUGGAUGCCAAACCCAAAGGGCUUAAUGGAGGAUUGAUAGUGUUGAUUGUUGUUUUCGGACUACUACUGAUGUUCCUGAUAGGAAAUUUCGUACUCUACACUUACGCUCAGAAGAAUCUUCCUCCGAAAAAGAAGAAACCCAUCUCUAAGAAGAAGAUGAAGAAAGAACGACUGAAGCAAGGCGUCUCUGCCCCAGGAGAAUAGAUGAGAUACAGGAAAACUUUAACUCUCUUUGUUGAUAGCUCCAUCUUUUGAUUAUUUUGUUGAGAAAGUUUUCACCAUUUCAUGGUGUCAAGGGAGGAGUUGUCAACCUAUUUUCGAAUCUUUUUUUUCUCUUGACAUUUAUAGUCCAUUGGAAUUCAACUUCUUCUUCACCAUAAGAUCUUACUGCAUGUGUUUAGAUCUUUGAUUUAGUAUGUUGUUUGAACUUGACAUAUGUUUUGCAUCUAUUAAUUUCCUUCUUGUA